GGCUACUGCCUCCCCUCCAUGUUGAGGCUCCUCCUCCGCGGGAGCUGCGCGCGAAGUUCGGAGCGCAAGAUGGCGGCGGAGAGGCUGUUCAACCGGCCUGUGUGUGUGCAAGUGAGGUGCCCGGGCUGCGAGGAGAGGAGAUUAAAUGUUCGGGUGAAUAUUGAGCUACUGUCCAUUUCUAAUCCUGUUCAUAAGAAGGAUUUAGCUGUUCGAUUGACUGAUGAUACCGAUCCUUUUUUCCUUUAUAACCUUGUCAUAUCUGAGGAAGAUUUUCAAAGUUUAAAGUCCCAGCAGGGUCUCCUGGUGGACUUCUCUGCUUUCCCACAAAAAUUUAUCGAUUUGCUUCAGCAGUGCAUUCAGGAACAGAAUAAAGAUAUCCCAAGGUUUUUGCUGCAGUUAGUGUCUUCAGCAUCUGUUCUAGAUCACACACCUGUCUCUUUAAAUGUAGUGGAGACAAACCCUUUUAAACACCUUACCCACCUCUCUCUCAAAUUCCUACCAGGAAAUGAUGCAGAAAUAAAGAAGUUUUUAGCCAGCUGUUUGAAGUGCCUCAAGGAAGACAAACUGAUGUUGGAAGAAAAGCUUAGAAAAACUGAAGAGGAUCUUACCAGACAGCUGAGCUACACUCAACAGAGCUUGUCAGAGAGAAACCGGGAACUUGACAAACUAAAACAUGAGUGGACAUCACAUACUACAGCUCUAACAAACAAACACACCCAGGAGCUGACAAAUGAAAAGGAGAGAGCUCUCCAGGCACAAGCUCAGUACCAACAGCAGCAUGAACAACAGAAAAAGGAACUGGAAAAUGUACAUCAGAAAAGUAUUCAGCAGUUGCAGAACAGACUCUCGGAACUUGAGGUCAUCAAUAAGGAUCUAACAGAAAGGAGAUACAAAGGAGACUCCACAGUCAGAGAACUGAAAGCAAAGCUUUCUGGAAUAGAAGAUGAAUGUCAAAGAGCAAAGCAGGAGGUGCUGUCGCUGCGUCGGGAGAACAGUACUCUGGAUGCUGAGUGCCAUGAAAAAGAGAAGCUCAUCAACCAGCUACAGACACGGGUUGCUGUUCUGGAGCAAGAGAUCAAAGACAAAGAUCAGCUAGUUAUUAGAACAAAAGAAGUACUGGAUGCGACACAAGAACAAAAGGUGAUCCUGGAGGAGAGCACGGAGAAAAAACACAGUCAUAUUGAAAAACUAGAGGCAACCAUUAAGUCGCUGUCAGCUGAACUGCUUAAGGCCAAUGAAAUUAUCAAGAAGUUACAGGGAGAUCUGAAAACGCUCAUGAGCAAAUUAAAAUUGAAAAACACAGUAACAAUUCAGCAGGAAAAGCUCCUGGCAGAAAAGGAAGAGAGACUUCAAAAAGAGCAGAGGGAACUGCAGGAGGUCGGACAGUCUCUUCGGAUGAAAGAGCAGGAGGUUUGCAAGCUGCAGGAGCAGCUGGAAACCACCAUGCAGAAGCUGGAGGAAAGUAAACAGUUACUGAAAACAAAUGAGAAUGUAAUCACAUGGUUAAACAAACAGCUGAAUGAAAUCCAGAUGACAAAGAAGCUGGAGACUUCUGCGAGUGCUCAUGCUGGUGUUAGGACUGCUAUCUCUCCUCAUGGCAUGCAUGAACGACCGUCCUUUCCCAGCUCAGGGAUCAGUCAUCCCGUUUCUCCUUUAUAUGCCUUCCAGAACUUCACAGAACCAGCACACACCAAAACCAUCAGUUCCCAGCCUCCAGGACCGAAGAUCCAGCUUAACACCCAGCUUCCUAAAAUGAAUCGAUGUUCAGAUGUGCAGACAGUGACUGCAACCAGUCAUCCAGCAAAUAAGGAGAAUGGUGGCAAUUUGGGGCUGGAUUCAAAGUAUUUCAAGAGGAAAGAUGACAGCAUUCCUUUACGAGGGCUUAGUCAAAAUACACUCAACUCAGAGUAUCUGAAACCCUACUUGCCACCAAAAGCCACACCAUCACCGAAAGCUGCAGCAACACCAGCCUCAGCUUAUUUUCCUGGAUAGCAGACAGGGUUCCAACAGUAGGAGUCCUCUCUUAACCCCGGGGGGGGAUUUUUGGAUGCACUGUAAUAAGGUAUUAGUAAAGUAUCGAUGUGAACUGA